AUGCCCGAGAUUUCUGUCAUGGCUCUCUCGGCCAAUCCAUAUCAAAGCUUGGGCGAGUAUCUACUAGCCCUGGCAGUAGCAGCUGGCGGUGGACAAGCAUGGUGUACAAGCCAUGGAGUGGGUAUGCCCGUCUUUCAUAGUUGUCAAGGACGUGACGAACGAGAUGUUUUCUGUUGUGAGCGGAGACAACUGAAGGGGCUAGACGUCUCUCGAGGAGAAUGUGAAUUGAUCUACAAUGCCAAUGGGGGCACAGAGAUAGACAUUGCCUGCCCGACCGGGGGAGAAGGUCUUAUCCACUACUGCAAGAAAUCAUGA